AUGCCGACUCGGGAUAUGCUCAAACGAGUUCGGAGCCACACGAACCGACAAUCUAUACAUGAUUUCAUUCACUCCAGAGGCAAUUCGCCUCACCCUCAAGCCGACACCAUCUCGGGGCACAAACAAAUUGAGGAGGAGACCCUCCCCAAGUACAGUGCAGAUACUUUCUAUCCGAUCCGUCUUGGCGACGUGUUGAAUGACCGAUACAAAGUCUGCGUGAAAUUGGGCUAUGGGAUGACCGCAACCGUCUGGCUUGCCAGAGACCUACAGGCCGACGCGAACUCAGGAAAUAACAAAUAUGUCACCAUCAAAGUCAAUGUCAACACAUUGACCGAGGAGUUCUUGCAGGGUCGACGCGAGAUUGCUCAGAAGAUAUCCACCGCAAAUUCUGACCACCCAGGUUAUAAACACGUCCGGUUCAUGCGCGACACUUUCAAGAUCAAGAAUCGGCACGGUGAGCAUCUCUGCAUUGUUUACGACGUCCUCCGCGAACCCAUCGACGCGUGUAUGGAGAAAUUCCCAGGUCGACGCUUCAAUUCGGAGAAACUUCGCAAACUUCUGCCUGCCUUGCUAAAGGGUUUGGACUAUCUGCAUACUGAAUGUGGAGUUGUACACACCGACCUGAAAGCGGACAACAUCAUGAUGGGACUUGGCGAUCCAACUAUACUCGACCGCUUUGUGCAGCACGAAAUCGAGCAUCCAUCGCCGCGGAAGAUGCCGGACUCUCACGGACGGAUCAUCUAUACUUCUUGUAGCGAUUUCGGCGAGGCUCCCAGCGACGCCGUGAUCGCAUCCGCCAAGAUCACAGACAUUGGUCUAGCGGCCUGGGGCGAGGGUAGAAACACCAGGCCAAUCCAGUCCAAUGCUUUUAUGGCGCCUGAAGUCAUAUUGCAAUGCGGCUGGUCAUAUCCAGCUGAUAUCUGGAAUUUGGGAGUGAUGCUGUGGGAUCUAUUCGAGAAUUUUGGUCUGUUCGAUGGCAUUGAUACCAGACCUGGCCACUACCGUGCCGAACAACACCUGGGGUUAAUGAUCGCUCUCCUGGGACCGCCUCCAAAAUCAUUGCUCAAGAAGAGCGCAAAGUCGCAGAACUACUUCGAUGCCCAAUACAACUUCAAAUUUCCAGAUCAUAUAUCAAAAGAGCUCUCCUUUGGAUCGUCAGUACAGCGGAUGAGGGGACAAGAAAAGGACUUGUUCAUCGACUUUGCGAAGAAGAUGAUUGCAUGGGCACCGGAGGAACGGUGGACAGCGAAGCAACUUCUGGAGCACCCUUACCUCACGAUAGAACGCGAGUAUCUUCCCACGCCGGCAUUGAGUCGCGCUUCGACAGCUUCGUUCGGCUCUUUGGUUCCGUCUCGCACCAAUACCCCAGGACCUGCCCCAACAUCCGUCCCUGUGUCAAGACGAACCUCCAACCUUGAAAGAAUACCUUCUCGUGGGUCGCUAGGCAAUGGAUUAUCAACAUCACCCGAGAAAAUCACCACAUCUUAUAACUCUUCCAGACCCAGCACCCCAAACACGAGUACUUUACCGAUGCAUCCGAGAAGGGACGAUCUGAAGAAUGGCUCUUACGCUAUGAUGAGUCCUGGCGGCCAUCUUACCACCAGCACCGCGAACAAGUGCUCUCAGGAUCUUAUCGAUUCAAUACUCAAGAGAGGAAAGAACAACCAGAAUGGAAAUGACAACAACGGACAUACCUCUUUGUUGCAGUCAGAGGUCAGACCUGACGAGUAA